CCCUCCUCCUGGUUCUGGGCCCCACCCGGCUCAGACGGCUCCGGACGGGACCUCGAGCACAGGCCGCUCCGCGGGCGCCUCGGAUCCCCGCGGGACCCCCCCCCCCUUCCCGCCCAGCUCGCUCGCCGCCGGGUGCAGCCGCCUGCGCUCCCCACCGGUAGCUCUCCUCCCCCUGCUCGGGUGCAUCUUCUUCAGGGAGCCGAGUGGGCCGGUGCACAGCCACCAUGUUCAGCUGGCUGAAGCGGGGUGGGGCGCGGGGCCAGCAGCCCGAGGCCAUCCGCACGGUGACCUCAGCCCUCAAGGAGCUGUACCGCGAGAAGCUGCUGCCCCUCGAGGAGCACUACCGCUUCGGGGCCUUCCAUUCGCCCGCCCUGGAGGAUGCUGACUUCGACGGCAAGCCCAUGGUGCUGGUGGCCGGCCAGUACAGCACAGGCAAGACCAGUUUCAUCCAGUACCUGCUGGAGCAGGAGGUGCCCGGCUCCCGCGUGGGGCCCGAGCCCACCACCGACUGCUUCGUGGCCGUCAUGCAUGGUGAGACCGAGGGCACGGUGCCUGGCAACGCCCUCGUCGUGGACCCGGACAAGCCCUUCCGCAAACUCAACCCCUUUGGGAACACCUUCCUCAACAGGUUCAUGUGCGCCCAGCUCCCCAACCAGGUCCUGGAGAGCAUCAGUAUCAUCGAUACCCCAGGCAUCCUGUCGGGGGCCAAACAGCGAGUGAGCCGAGGCUACGACUUCCCGGCCGUGCUGCGCUGGUUCGCCGAGCGCGUGGACCUCAUCAUCCUGCUCUUCGAUGCCCACAAGCUGGAGAUCUCGGACGAGUUCUCCGAGGCCAUCGGCGCCCUGCGCGGCCACGAGGACAAGAUCCGCGUGGUGCUCAACAAGGCUGACAUGGUGGAGACGCAGCAGCUGAUGCGCGUCUACGGGGCGCUCAUGUGGGCUCUGGGCAAGGUGGUGGGCACGCCCGAGGUGCUGCGCGUCUACAUCGGCUCCUUCUGGUCCCAGCCCCUCCUGGUGCCCGACAACCGGCGCCUCUUCGAGCUGGAGGAGCAAGACCUCUUCCGAGACAUCCAGGGCCUGCCGCGCCAUGCCGCGCUGCGCAAGCUCAAUGAUCUGGUGAAGAGAGCCCGGCUGGUGCGGGUUCACGCGUAUAUCAUCAGCUACCUGAAGAAGGAGAUGCCCUCCGUGUUUGGGAAGGAGAACAAGAAGAAGCAGCUGAUCCUCAAGCUGCCUGUUAUCUUUGCCAAGAUUCAGCUGGAGCAUCACAUCUCUCCCGGUGACUUCCCGGACUGCCAGAAGAUGCAGGAGCUGCUGAUGGCUCACGACUUCACCAAGUUCCACUCACUGAAGCCGAAGCUUCUGGAGGCGCUGGAUGAGAUGCUGACACACGACAUCGCCAAGCUCAUGCCCCUGCUCCGGCAGGAGGAGCUGGAGAGCACGGAGGUGGGCGUGCAGGGGGGUGCCUUCGAGGGCACCCACAUGGGCCCCUUCGUGGAGCGGGGGCCUGAUGAGGCCCUGGAGGACGGCGAGGAGGGCUCAGAUGAUGAGGCCGAGUGGGUGGUGACCAAGGACAAGUCCAAAUACGACGAGAUCUUUUACAACCUGGCGCCGGCUGACGGCAAGCUGAGUGGCACCAAGGCCAAGACCUGGAUGGUGGGCACCAAGCUGCCCAACUCUGUGCUGGGCCGCAUCUGGAAGCUGAGCGACGUCGACCGAGACGGCAUGCUGGACGACGAGGAGUUCGCGCUGGCCAGCCACCUCAUCGAAGCCAAGCUCGAGGGCCACGGGCUGCCCACCAACCUGCCCCGCCGCCUGGUGCCGCCCUCCAAGCGGCGCCACAAGGGCUCCGCCGAGUGAGCCGGCCGCCUGCCUGCCGGCCCUCCCUCCCACUCGCCCUGCUGUGGCUCCCCACCCUGGCGCACGAGCACCCCGCCUGCCCACUCCCCCAGCUGUAAGGAGGGGCGUCCCUCUGCCCUCCGCCGCCAGACAGGAGGCACCAGGGGAGGGGCUAGGCUUCUCUGCCCACCCUUCACACCUCUGUGCUCACAUACACCUGGCACACUCGGACACGAACACACAUGCACACACACACGCAGGCAUCCGUCCAUGCAUCAUUCAUUCAAAUAUUUAUUGAGCAUCUACUCUGUUCAUAUGUUCAGGGCUCCUUCCUACACUGGGGAUUACAGCAGAGAGCCCUCGUGGAGCCCGCUUUCUCAGGAGAGAGCGCCUGCAGAGUCACUCAAAGCCACACACACACACACACACACCCCAGCCCUAACCAGGCUGAUCCCUGAUUCUGACCCCCUCUCCCCACAAGUGAGCAGCCACUUAGUUGAAAUGACUAAGAGACAGGCCUCCCCCCACCUCCCACCCCUGGCUUCUUGCCCCACCAGGCAAGGACCCUCCACUCCAUCCUGGCCUCGGGACCACUGGGGGCUCAGAGGGGAGAUGCAACCUCCUACUUCCUCAGCUGGACCCCUCUUAGCCCCUUGCCCCAGUUCAGGUCGCACCCCUUUCUUUAAUAAGGGGAAAGCCCGGUCCUCCCACCCUCCCUGCUCCUCCCUGCCCCCCCCCACUUCUGUCUCUGCUCACCUGCCCUGGCUUGAAAGCCCAGCCUGCUCCCCCAACCCCUCAGGCUCCCCACAGCUGGUGGUCCGAAUUUUAGACUGCGCAUUUUAGACAGCCUCCCGGGCCACCAUCAGGCCAUAUUUAAGUGGAGUCCCUGCCAGAAACUAAGGCCCCAGGACGUUAUUUUUAGACUCCUUUUCAGGGACGUCGUGGGGGAGGGGCUCUUGGUGCUACAGCCCCCCUCCCCUACAGGGCACCCUCACCCCCCUACACACGCAUUUUCCUGCCUUCACCACAUAUUAGUGCUUGACCUUGGUGGGGGACCCCAAGGAAAAGAUGGAGAAGAGCGACAUAGAUGGGGCCCAUGCCCCUCCAGGGUGCUGGCUGGGAUUCCCGCUCCCAUCACCCCUCACCUCAUGCCUGGGAAGGGCCUGUGAACAUAAUAGGAACGGUUCCCACAGUGCAAAUAAAGCCAAGGCUUCUUUCCCUGA